AUGUCCAGACAAUUACCAUGUGGUGCUGACUGCAUGCGAGGAGUAUUACUUUUCCUCAACGGAUUGUUUGUCUUGGUUGGUCUUGCCCUUCUUGGUAUUGGUAUAUAUAUCAAAGUGGACACAAAUUUUGCAUCGGUUCUCAGCAAAUUGGCUACUGACGGUAGUUUUGAAGUAAAAACUAUUGGAUUUUUAGCUUUCGUUAUGAUUGGUGGUGGUAUUUUUACUCUUCUUGUUGCACUGUUAGGUUGUGUAGGAGCAUUGUGGAAUAAUCGAUGUUUAUUAUUUACGUAUGCUAUAAUUCUUAUCAUUUUAAUGUUACUUGAAUUAGUUGGCUUUAUUUUGGCAAUGGUUUAUAAAGGAAAACUUAAAGGUCUCUUUGAAGAACCUUUAUUCAAAGUCUUAGAUGUUGCUUUGAAAAAUAAGGAUAACGCUACAAUACUAGCUUUCCAGGAUUUGGAAAAUUCAAUGAAAUGCUGUGGUGUCCAUAAUGAAUCGGAUUAUUUUGGCUAUUUUAUUGAAAAAUCUAAACAAUGUAAGCAACAUUUAGAUUCUAAGGGUUGUGCUCAAGCUAUUAUCGAUUUAUUCAAUAAGAAUUUACCAAUAAUUGGUGGUACAUUAGGUGGUAUUUUAGUAAUUGAACUUUUUGGUUUGAUUGGUGCUUGUGUAUUGGCUGUAGCACUCAAAGAUUCACCUGAAAGCAGGUAUUCAUCAUCUCCAGUAUCAUGGUCGAAAUUUGCACCAGGUCGUCGUUAA